AGCGAAAUUUUUGCAAAUUUACAGGAGAUGUUGUUAUAAUUCGCUAACCUACAUGGUAGUGUAGCUCGGUGUGCUUUGUUGGCGCUGGUGUGAAUCAUUUUAUUCCGUAGUAAUACAAUUUGGCGGUAAUAUUUAAUUGAAUAACAAUGGCCCUCGAAGGUGGAAUGUCCUGUGUAAAGUACCUCAUGUUUUGCUUCAAUCUCCUGUUUGCCAUUACGGGAUUGAUCAUCCUGAUAGUUGGCAUCAGGGCUGAAAUAAACUCGUAUCCUUACAUGAACUUCACCGAUGAGAACUUCUACAAGUUCGCUCCGAUCGUUCUCAUCAUUGUCGGCAUUAUUGUUUUCAUUGUCGCGUUCUUCGGCUGCUGUGGCGCUGUCAAAGAGAACCACUGCAUGAUAAUAACGUUUUCAGUAUUCCUCUUGAUCAUAUUCGUGGCUGAACUGGCUGUGGGCAUCGCUGGUUACAUGAAGCAUACGGACUUGGAAGAUUCGGUUAUGCGCAACCUGAACGCUUCCAUUACUCAAUAUCCGGUAGACAAGAACGUCCAGAAGACUAUUGAUAUCAUACAAACAGACUUGCAAUGCUGCGGUAUAAACAGUCCGGCCGACUGGGCCGAUCACGGUCUGCCCAUACCGAGCACGUGCUGCUCCGCCCAGGAGAUCAAUGACGGCGUCGUCGCGGCCUGCACCGAGAACUCGACCAACUUCCACUCGAAGGGAUGUCUUACUAAACUGGUUGUUCACAUGAAGGACAUUGGUAUGGUGCUCGCCGGCGUUGGAGUCGGUAUCGCUUUGGUUCAGCUCCUCGGUGUGAUAUUCGCAUGCUGCCUCGCUCGUUCCAUUCGCAGCCAAUAUGAAACAGUUUAAAUUACAACAAAAUACAAAACAAAACUUAUAUGAUAAAACCAUUACUAAUAAGAAUAACGAAAUUCAAUUCUAUUUCAUUACCUACCUAUAUUUAAUGUUUAAACGUGUAUUGUGAUAAGUGUACCUACUCAAACCUAUUUGUAUAUUUUGAAAUGAGUUUUUUUUAGUUUAUUUUUAUAUUCACGUUCUUUUGUUGAAGGAUAAAAGACGAUUUAACUUUAAUACAUUUAAUUUGUUUUUGAAUAAUAAUUGAAAGUACAAUUGCACAACAUUGACAAGUGUGCUCAGGACAGAAGACUGAUUUUAGAAACCUUUCCUCUCUCGAAUAUCGAUCCGUUCUUCCUUUUAUAUUCAAACAUUUAUUGAUCUAUAAUUGUAAUGUGUAGCAGCACUAGUUUGUUGACAGUAGUGGGCACAUUUUAAAUGAUUUGUGUGUUUAAUCUCGAAAUAAGAUAUUUUUCUUCAUUCUCAUAUAGGGGCGUAACAGAAUGGUUCUCGGAAUUCAAAACAAUAUUAAUUUACAAAAACAAACAAAUUCUUAUAGUUUUACUUCCCGUCAUUUAAAAGUAAAAACCAUCUAACAGAUACUCGCAUUCUAGCGACUCACGAAAACUCACGAGUGCGCUCUUUUUUUGAUAGUUACAUUGCUGACAUCAAAGAUUAUUAAAAUUUAAUAGAUUAAAAUCUUUCGAAUGCAAGCUUUGCUAAAAUAAAAAGGUCUCGCCGCUCUGUCUUCAAUUUCGGGAACUGUUCUGUAAAGGCCCCGGUAUAUUUCGAUAUUUCUUCGUAAAACGUGUAUCUACAAUAAAUUUGCAUACCAA